AUGAUCAAAACCCGAGCAAACUGCACUCGAGCCCCAUCGCCCAAGCCGGGCGUACAGAGCAUGUGGGGUCCCAACUAUCAACCCAGCAUCAAGGUUAUCCUCAGGAGGUUGGCCGAUGACAGCAAUACUUUUCGCGUUCCCGUUUGUGACCACACCAGACAAAUCAUCGGGAUGGUCGACUAUUCCGCCAGCAAGGCCUUGGCACCUCUGCUGGACUUUAACAUUCGCGUCAGGACUGACUGUCGUAUGCCGCCGCAGCCUAUGGGACCUGGGGAGGUACCCGGCCAGGCUGUGUCACGCUCUUACAUCCUUGACAUUGUCUUGUACGGACCGAUAAGGUACGCCAGGAAUGUUGGGACCCUUUUGGAAAGAUCUGGCAUACCGCUUCAGCAGCCCUACAUCAUUCAGAGAGGCAUCAGACUCUGCAACCCUCACACCGCGGACUACUUGCGCUCACUCAAGAAAACGGCCUCUGGAGUUAAUGGAAAUUAUGCUAUCUCAGAGCCCCCUCGAGUUACAAACUUCACUCCCAGAACCGUUGAAGAAGUCCGCUCAGAAGUCAUGGGGGUAUUUGAUUCUCUUACUAGGAGUGACGAACUACCCACCGAGGACCCCCCCGACUGCAUCAUAACUCCCUUGCUCACUCACCAGAAACAAGGUCUCUACUUCAUGAUAGCUAGAGAACAACCUCGCGAGCUACAGCUAGACGAGAAGGGCAUGGUUUCUUUCUGGCAGACCAAACUUGCCCCGACUGGGCAACCGGUCUUUCAUAACGUCAUCACCGACGAGGGCCAGGCUACAGUCCCUACAGAUACCCGCGGCGGUAUACUAGCUGAUAUGAUGGGCCUUGGAAAGACACUCAGCAUCCUGUCGCUCAUAACUAGCACCAUGGACGAAGCACGAGAAUUUAAGCGGCUCACGCCUGAGCAGCCGUCCGCACCGGAAACCAGGCAGACAAGGGACGAAAUGGACCCGAUACAGGCGCCGCUGGGUUUGACGCCCGUGUCCCAAAACACUAGAUCAACUCUGAUUAUAUGCCCUCUUAGCACAAUUACUAAUUGGGAGGAGCAAAUCAAGCAGCACGUAGCUCCUGGCAAGCUCUCUUAUCACAUCUACCAUGGGCCCAACCGGAUCAAAGAUUUGGCGCGGCUCGCACAGUUCGACAUCGUGAUUACAACUUACGGAUCUGUUUCCAACGAGCUUAGCUCUCGGCGGAAGGCCAAGACAGGCAGCUUUCCCCUUGAAGAGCUUGGAUGGUUCCGCAUCGUUCUAGACGAAGCACACAUGAUUCGCGAGCAGACCACGAUGCAGUUCAAGGCCAUAGUUCGUCUCCAAGCCCAACGGCGGUGGGCUGUAACCGGAACUCCUGUCCAAAACCGGUUGGAUGAUUUCGCAGCUCUCUUGUCCUUUCUUCGUCUGGAGCCUUUUCACCAUAGAUCGAAAUUCCUUCGUCACAUUGUGGAGCCGUUCAAGGCCUGUGACCCUGACAUUGUGCCCAAGCUCCGUAUUCUUGUUGACUCAAUCACCCUUCGCCGACUCAAGGACAAGAUCGACUUGCCUCCCCGAGAAGACCUCAUCGUCAAACUUGAUUUCAGCCCAGAGGAACGCAGCAUAUACGAUCUCUUUGCCCGGAAUGCUCAGGAUCGAGUCAAGGUCUUGGCUGGAAACCCUACCUCCGUGGCCCUUGGCGGAAACACCUAUAUCCACAUUCUCAAAGCCAUUCUUCGCCUUCGAUUGCUCUGUGCACAUGGUAAAGACUUGCUGAAUGACGAAGACUUGGCAGCCCUGCGAGGCAUGUCGGCGGAGAUGGCAAUCGACAUCGACGAAGACGAUGAGAAUGCAGGCGGCUCGCUACUGUCUCACCAGAAAACGCACGAAAUGUUUACGUUGAUGCAAGAUACGAACAAUGACAACUGUAUAGAAUGCAACAAGAAGAUCUCCUCUCAGGAGCAACCAAUAGAUGCUGAGAAGGAAGACGACACAAUAGGAUACAUGACGUCUUGUUUUCAUGUAGUUUGUCGAUCAUGCAUAAGAGUCUUCAAGCAACGAGCCAAGGCCGCACUGUCGCCCGGCGAGUUUGCCGGUCCCUGCAUUGUUUGCAACGCUCAUGUCCGAUUCGGCUUCGUCAAUAUCCGUCGUUCGGAUGCAGACGGCGAACACGACGGUAUUCUCAAAUCAAAAUUUAAACACGCCCGAAAAGAUCUCGAUAAUUACAACGGGCCCCACACCAAGACUAAAGCCCUCCUUGAGGAUCUUCUCAAAUCCAAAGCCGCCAGCGAUGCCAAUCCUCAAGAACUACCAUUCAAGUCUGUUGUUUUCUCAGGAUGGACAUCGCACUUGGACCUCAUCGAACUGGCUCUCAAGGAAGCCAACAUCAAGUUUACAAGAUUAGAUGGCAGCAUGACACGACAGGCACGCACAGUGGCCAUGGACAAUUUCCGCGAAGACCGCAGCAUUCACGUCAUUCUUGUUUCCAUUACGGCCGGUGGACUGGGCCUAAACUUGACUGCCGGUAACAAUGUGUACGUGAUGGAACCGCAGUACAACCCGGCAGCCGAAGCUCAGGCGGUCGAUCGUGUGCACCGCCUGGGCCAGAAACGCCCUGUGCGUACGAUCCGAUACAUUAUGCGCAAUAGUUUUGAAGAAAAGAUGCUCGAAUUGCAAGAAAAGAAGAAGAAACUAGCGAGCCUCAGCAUGGACGGCCAAAAUAAGGCGCUGGACAAGGCAGAGGCUGCAAGACAGAAACUCAUGGACCUCCGAAGUCUUUUCAAAUGA